CGAGCCAGCAGCCGAGCUGGGGGCGCGGGCGGGCGGCAUGUACCGGGCCCGGGCGGCGCGGGCGGGGCCGGAGCCCGGCAGCCCGGGGCGCUUUGGGAUCCUCAGCACCGGGCAGCUCCGGGACCUGCUUCAGGAUGAGCCCAAGCUGGACCGGAUCGUGCGGCUCAGCAGGAAGUUCCAGGGCCUGCAGCUGGAGCGCGAGGCAUGCCUGGCCUCCAACUACGCUCUAGCCAAGGAGAACCUGGCACUGCGGCCCCGCCUGGAGAUGGGCCGCGCUGCCCUGGCCAUCAAGUACCAGGAGCUUCGGGAGGUGGCCGAGAGCUGUGCAGACAAGCUGCAGCGACUGGAGGAGAGCAUGCACCGCUGGAGCCCCCACUGCGCGCUGGGCUGGCUGCAGGCUGAGCUGGAGGAAGCUGAGCAGGAGGCUGAGGAGCACAUGGAGCAGCUGCUGCUGGGGGAGCAGAGCCUGGAGGCUUUCCUGCCCGCUUUCCAACGAGGCCGUGCCCUGGCCCACCUGAGGCGGACCCAGGCGGAGAAGCUGCAGGAGCUGCUGCGGCGCCGGGAGCGAUCUGGCCAGCCAGCCCCCACUGCUGCUGCGGAUCCCCCCAAAUCCUUCCCCGCUGCCGCUGUCCUGCCCACUGGGGCCGCCCGGGGGCCACCAGCAGUGCCCCGGAGCCUGCCCCCCUUGGACUCCCGCCCAGUGCCCCCGCUGAAGGGCUCCCCCGGGUGCCCUCUAGGCCCAGCCCCUCUGCUGAGCCCUCGGCCCUCGCAGCCAGAGCCCCCCCACCGGUAGGAUCCAGGGUAUGGCUCCCCACUGGGGGGCCCAGACAAACUUGAUGCGUGGCUCCUCCUCCUCCCCCACCGCCGGGGUGGGGGAGGGGCAGGCCCCUCCCCCUGGCCCUAGGCAGGCCCUGGCCCUGGAGGCUGAACUGGGGAGGAGGGUCACCUGGAAGAUGCCCAGAGAGAGGGCCGGGAGUGGGGUGGGCAGGGUAUUAUGCCUCUGCCGCUGAGGAAACUCUGCCUUUUUCUCCCCGGCUGGGGCCUCCCGGGUGAUGGGCCAGCCCCAGUGAAAGAACUUUACUCAUGGGGGCCUGGGAAGAUGCCCACUUCCUUCAAGGGCCCUGCCUAGGGGGCCUAUCGCCCCCUGCCACUCCACUAGGCUUGCACAAUGCCAAGGCUGACAGGAGUGUUUUCCAUCAUGUCCUGAGCCUACCUUUCCCCCAGUUCUGGGGUCCACCACCUAGGAGCCAGGUGGUCAGGCCCCGCUCAUGCUCCAGACCCUGGGGCAAGGUAGGCCAGGGGCUUCUGACCUGCACCAGGUAAGAGUGGGCCCUCCCCCGGAAAGACCAUUCUGUAUUUUUCUGUCCCCGUCUCCUUAGAAUGGAAACUUUUUGAGGGCAGGUCCUUGUCUUUGUAUGUUCUGUCCCCAGCCCCGCCUCCCAGGGGCCGUCAAUAAAUGUGAUGAUGAGGAUGACGAUGCUGCCUGACUUCUCUCUGCUCCCUCAUCCAGCCACUCUGCUGUUGCAGCCUCCACAUCUCAGCUCCUGUGCUUCCUACUCUUGAGAUGCCCUCCUUUCCUCUCUGCCCAUCCAAAGCCUGGCUGUCCAGGUCCAGCACUGCUUCUGCCUCUUCCAUGAAGCCUUUUCUGAUUACCAACCCAUGGGAGUCUUCCCUAACUCUUAAACUUCCCAGCACUUCUGGCCAGAAGCACACUCUGCUCCAUCACUGUUCUCCAACUGCCUCACCUGUAUGCACCUUCUUUUCCUGGAUGGCCUGUAAGCCCAGUCAGGAUGGUACCUGCUCCUUCUCUGGCCUGCCAAAUGACCACCCCACUGAGUGAUGGAGAGGGUUCCACAGGGCUGGAGCUAGCUGUCUUCAGCUUGGGUAAACAUUAGGUGACCAGCUUGGCCGAUGACUGUGGACAAGAAGAUGAGAGAGUGGGAAUACGUCUUGGAUCAGCUUAGGUCAAGUCUAAUGAGAUGAAGUUUGGCAGGAAGUCACAGAAGGUCCUGCAGGUAAGAGGGGACAGUCAGAGUGCUGUAGAAGCUAACGUGAUCUUGGUCCAUGUUAGUGGGGCUAUAACCAUCUAGAAUGAGGCAAGUGCUGGUUUGGCUUUACUUUUUACUGAAGUUUUAAACUCUAAGAGAACCCCAAAACAGCACCUUUGGAGUAUAAUGAGAAAGAGGAUUGGGGCUAAGUCCCCUACGGAACAGUUGAGGGAUCUGUUUUACACACAAGUAUGCGAUGGCUAGCCUCUGAGUCUCUAAAGGACUGCUUCACAUAGAGCAAGACGUUAGAGUCAAGACCAACGGGUGGGAACCACUGGGAGCCAGAUUUUGGCUCAGUAUGAGGCUCUUGAUCCACAGGUGCUGCGGCUGGUAGGCUGGUCCCCAUCCCUAAAGAUGAGUGAGCAGCACCUGAGUGACUGCUUGAUGAGCUCUUAAGAAAUACAGGCAAUAGUUAGAGGGACUGGCCCAUCCGAGCUUUUGGAAGCCCAAGUCCAGUCGGAUUCACCCCCAGCAGGGGCAAAGCACUGACAGUGCCCACUUGAGAAGCUUCAUCCCACAGUGGCCGUGGUUCUCCUGCUCUCACUGCUAGCACUUGACGUGCUGGAGACAAGGGACGCUGGGGAGGACACCAGGUGCCUGCCUGAGAUGACAGAAGACUGAACAGCCCCAGAAGACCUCCCACAUUCUCCACACAGCCUGGGGCAAGCUGGGCCCCUCUCGGCCUGGCCUCCCACUCUGGUCCAUGCUUCUAGGGAGUUUUUCGUUUGUAACCAAAAGGAAGAAGGGCUAAUGGUGGUCAUGCCUAAGCCUCCCUCCACUAUUGUGAAUUGGGGAGCAGCCUCUACAAGGCAGAGGCUAAUGUCCACAGUCUGGUUCAGCCUCCCCUCCCCAGGGCAGAUAAGAAGAAGAGGAAGGAAUGACCCAGGCAAGGGAGGGACUGGGAAGGGAGAAAAGUUUUACCAUGAGAACCAGAUGGGGUCUUUCAGAAGGCCUUCCACACCCCUCACCUUCCUCAAGAGCUCAGACUCAGUUUUAGAGCGCACAGGGAGUGAGGCCCUCUGUAUUCAGCUCCAGCAUGAAAAACACCAAAGACCUGAGGCAGGUGGGUAUAGAUACCACCAGAGUGGAAUGGGCCUAGUUCUGGGCCAUGGGAAAGACUUAGAGUUGGAUGGUUAAUAAACUCGAUUAACCCCUCUGCUUGAAGGUACAUGGAAUAUUCUGGAAAGUUCCAGGCAGUCUGGGCUCUCCUGCCAGAUCACUUCUGGAACUUUCUAUUUCCAGGUCUGGGGUCGCAGGGAAUGCUCCUGGCUGUAAUCCUCUGUGAGAGAGAAUAAACUUGAGGUAGACCCUCAAGGGGCCCAUGAGAAAGGUCCUACCUAUUGUAGGCCACCAGUGCUUUUACAAACCAAAACCAAAACCAAAAAAUUGCCCAAAGGGCUUCUCU